AUGUAAGAUUAAGAUUACAUAAAUUCAUUGUCUUUAGAACUCUCCAUACCAAAAGAAAAGUUUAUUGAGUAUGAUUAACACAGAAGUCCGAUCUAAAAAUAAUUUGUAUGUUAAUACUGGUUAAGAGGAACCUGCUGUUUUUCGCCAGGUAAGCGUGAAUGCAAUAUUUAGAGUUUUGCCAUUUUGCGCAUGGAAUCGAAUUUUUAGAAUAUAAAAUAGAUUCAAUGACAAAUUUAAGACCUUUAUUCAUAUAAGAGGAUUUAAAUCAAAAAUACAAGAUUGAUGGCAUUCCAAAAUAAUAUUUUAUAGUUGAGAAAUUUUAAUAGCAUCCUGAAGUAAAGGAAUAAUUGAGGUAACAUCAUGAAUUUAUUGGAAAAUAUUAUGAUCCUAAUAAAGUUUACAAUUUAAAAGAAAUACAGUUUGAAAAAUCAAUCAAAUAAAUUAUCAUGAAUACUAUGUAUUUAUUGGAAAUUUAACGUUUUUAUGAUAAAAUCUUAGAAAAGUUAUAAGUUAAAGCAAUUCCUAAACUUGUUUUCAUUCAUGAAUUAAAUAGAGUAGGAUAUUCAUAUAUGGGUAAGUAAUUUAACCUAUUUUAUAGGAAGUAAUUUUGCUAGACCUAAUACCCUGAUAUUCAAUUUAGAAAAUAGUGGUUUUUGCUUUUAAGAGACAUUUAAAACAAAUUUAGUAAUAAAUGGAUAUGAUGGUUCUAUUUAUAACAAAUAAUAUAAAAAAGUUUAAAAGGAUGGUGUUGAAAAAAAAUAAGCUUUAGAAUAAAAUGAGAAUGAAUAAGAUGAUAUUAAUAAGGAGGAUAAUGAAGAUUAAAACGGAGAAAAUGAUUGUGAAAAUGUAGAUCUAGAUGAUCUUAUAGAUACUAAUGAAGGAGAAAAAAAAAUUCCAUUUUUAGUUAAAGUUGAAAAUAAGUAGAAUUUAGUAAAAAGCUUUAAUGCUAAAUUAGUAGAAAUUUUAUAAGAAAAACCAGAGUUGGCUAAACUUACAGAUAUAUCUAAUUUUCAUUUAGCAGUAAAUGACAUUAUGCAAAAAUAAAAUCAGAUAAAUUUUAAUAAUAAGGAACAAAUACUACCGAAUUUGAGAUAGAUUUUGAGGAUUAUGGAUUAGAUUUGGGAUGAAUAUGCAGAUUAAUAUGGAUUUCAAGAUAUAAGAUUUAAUAAUUCUAGAGAUUCUGGAGAACCUUUAAAUUUUUUAGUUCAAUACUUUACACCUGAACAAAAAUAAAUAUUAAAUGAAUAUCUUUAGAAGCCAAAAGUUAAAUAUUAUCUAUGUUCAUAUUGGAUGAGAGGCAUUUGCAUUUUUCAAAAGUAAGAUUGCAGAUUUGCACAUGGUUUAGAAGACUUAGAAUUAAAUUUUGAUAUUGAAAGAGAUUUUGCAAAAUUAAAUAAUGAGUAAAAGCCACUUAAAGAUAAUGAAAAACCAUUAAUAAAUCAUCGAACUUAUGGAGUAUUAUAUUUAUCUUAAUAUAAAAUGAUUGAUUAAGGAGUAUUAGGAUUGCAUUAAAAGAGAAAUAUCUUUCAAAUUGAUAACUUAAAAGAAUAUAGAGAUAAAAUAAGAGAAUAUAUCUAAAAAUAAAUGGUAAUUAGUUUAUAUAAAAUGAUUUCAAAUGGUAAACCUUAAAAUAAAAGUGAGAUUAUAAAGUAUUUUAAUUUAGCGGGCUUUAUUUAGAAAGGAAUUGAUUUGUCGGAAUUGAAAAUAAUUAAAAUAUUAAUAAAUAGUGAUGUUAUAUUCGAGAAGGAAUUUGUAAUUAAAGCACCUUAAAUUAAAUAAGAGGAUUAGAAAGAGAAAGUGAAAGAAAAAGAAAAAGAGAAAGAAAAAGAGAAAGAAAAAGAAAAAGAAAAAGAAAAAGAGAAUGAGAAAAAGAAAGAAAAAGAGAAAAAGAAGGUAAACUUAAAAUAGAUUUUAUUAAUACCAAUAUUAGAUUACGAUAUUUAUAAUAAAUUUUAUGAAUAAAUAAUAUUCUAAGCCUUGGUAAAUAUUUUGAAGAAUAAAGUCGAAUUGCCAAUGGAGGAAAGCAUAGUAAAAAAGGAGAUCUAUAGGUUGGAUUAGGUUUUAGAGAUGCCAGGAAUUUAUUAAUAUUUUUUAAGACAUCCAAAAAAGAAAUAUACAUUAAUUGAUUACUUUUAAGAGAAUAUAUUAUCAAAAGUAAAAAAUUAAUUAAAAGACUUAAUUCAUCCAGAAGUUUAUGAUUAAAUAUCUGAAGAUGGAUUUAAUUUGAUAUCUUUUGAUGCAGAUAUUCCCUAAUUAAUGGCAAUAAUUUAGGCUAUUUAUGGUCAUGCUUAAACACAUAAUCAAAUUUCAAUAAAUUUUAAUAAAUUGAUAAAGCAGAUAGAAAUGAAUGCCAGCGAUAAUGACAAAUAUAAUUGUAUGGUAAAUUAUUUGCAUAAAGAAAAAUUGCAUAAGUUUUAUAGUAUAAAUGGAAAUCUUUAUGUUAUAAAUUAAUUUGGUAAAACAGUAAAUAAAAAAAAGAAAUGCAAAUGUGGAAAGGAGUAUUAAUCACCAUCAAAAAUAAAAUAGAUAAACAAUAAUAUGUUAAUUACAAAAAUUUUGGAGAUACAAGAAUUUGUAGAUAAAGAAGUUAGAAAUACGAUAAUAGUGGAUUCAGCAGAAAAAUUACUUUUGGCAUAAGAGUUUUUCUCAUUUGAUGUUAAUUAUGUUGGAAUAGAUUUGGAAGGAUAAUUGAAGAAAGGAGAUAUUUGGCUUAUUUAAAUGGGAGUAAUGGUAGAGAAUUUAAGAAUAAUAUUUAUAUUUGAUUUAAUGAAAGCUAAGUAUUUGGAAGCUGAUUUAAUUUUUCAUGAAUAAAUGUUAAGUGUGGUUAGAAAUAUAUUGGAAGAUGAAGAGAUUUGUAAAGUAUUUCAUGAUUGUAAAAGAGACAGUUAAGCUUUGCAUAUAAAUCAAAUCUGUCCAAAGAAUGUAGUAGACACAAGUUGCACAUAUUAAUUUAUAGAAUAAUUAAAAUUUAACGAUCAAGAUUCGAAAAAAGUUAAAAAAAAGUAUUAUCUUAUAUUAAUUUUGUAGUCCAAUAUAAAUUUCCAAAGAAAUAUUAUAAGUAGCUACUCCUCCUAUCAAUAAUGUACUAAAAAAAUAUUAAGCUUUACAUGGUUGCAAUGAAUUAAAGGAGGAGAUGCAUUCUAAAUUUAAUAAGUGUAAAGCAAGUGAUUUCUUUGCUCGUCCAAAUCCAGCAUUUAUGUAUUAUAGUGCAAGGGACGUAGAAGACCUUGUUUAAGUUUAUUUAUAAAUGGAAAUGCUUGUCUUAGAGUAUAAAUAUAUCAUCGAAAAGAUGAGUAAUAAAAAUAAAUAAUUCCAUAUAUUAUAGAAAGAUUAGUGAUUUUUUG